GUGGUCCUCCUGGCUAUAGUCGCAAUCUUUGAGAUACAGUACCUGAAGCUACGUAGUGCUUUUUGGAUAACCCAACGUUUGCCAUACAGCGACUGCUUUGACCGCAAUACACACUCAGUUGACUGUCCCCCAGAACGUGCAUUCCUUUUCCGGUGCUCUAAAACCUAUCAAACCUGCACUUAUCAUGACAGUGGCACUCUUAUAACCGGAAGGAGGCCGUUCUGGCGUGAAGGAAAUGGGCGACAUAUGCGAGACUGUUGAGGCAACAUUCCACGGUGUAGCCUACCUGCUCACCGUCUCGACGAUUGAGGGCGAGACGCUAUGCGUGGAGGUGGAGCAGAAGUCCGAUUGUUCCCGAUGGCGUGGGGACUUCACGUCGCGAUACAUCGAGGACAUCACAGCAAAGACUGGCAACUUCAAGAAGUUCCCCGUGUUCGUCAAGAUGUUGCUCUCGGCCCUUAAGCAGGCGUCUGAUAGCGUGUUUGUGGACCUGCUGACCUACCAGGACCUGGAGGUUCUGAAGAGUCGCAAAGCGGGGGGCCAGGCUCCCCCGCCACGCACCCAGCCCCCCAACAACAAGCGCUACCUCAUUAUGACCUAUGCCGCUGAGUUCGACCGCGUGCACUACCCGCUACCGCUGCUGUUCGAGGAGAACCCGGACCCGCAGCAUCUGAAGCGGAUCAUCAGCCAGCUCCGGUCGGAGGUGGAGGGGCUGCAGGUGGAGGCGGGCAAUAGGCGUGGCGGUGAGGUAUCAGCGGAGCUGCGGCGGCUGCGGGAGGAGAACGCGGCGCUGCAGCGGCAGUUGAAGCAGAUGGAGCGGAGCGGCAGUGGGGUGGGCGCUGGCGCUGAGUCCAGUGAAGCGCGGGAGCUGGCGCGGGAGCUGCGCACGGUGCGCAAGGAGCGGGAUCUGUUGCAGGCCCGCGUGGAAGCAGCUGAGGCGGAGCUGGAGCGGGAGCGGGGCUUGCACAGACGGGAGCUCCGGCGAAGAGCCAAGGAGCAGCAGGAGCUUGUGGACGAGCUGGGUCGCUGCAAGGAGCAAAUCCGGGAGCUCAAGAUGCGGAUACGGCAGCUGACGGAGGACUUAGAGGCGCGCGACCGCCGCAUGAACUCCACAGACCGGAUACGGUCCGUGUACGCGCGCGGCUCCAACGAUGGAUCUACCAGCGGCGUGGCUCCUCGGCGGCCAAGCUCAGGCGGACGCGGGCCGAGUUCCAACUAUAUGGCGCCAACACGGGGAGCGGACAGCCGCAGCAACAGCCGGGGGCGGGGCACGUCUAGCGCAGAGCGGUCCCGGCCCAACUCGGCGCCGAUCGGGGGACCACGGCCGCGCUUUGACCCCACGGAGUACGUGCGUCAGCGGAAGGAGCGCGAGUCGGCGGCAGUCGGGGGCCGGCGCAGCAAUGCGCCCACGCCGCCGCGGUCAGCGGGGACGUCCCGUGCCUCUUCCGUUGUCGGGAGUCGGCCAGCGAGCGCCGAGCGGCUUCCGCCGAUCCGGACGGCGUCACCGACCAACAGCCGCCCAUCUAGCACGGAGCGCUACCGGCCAGGGAGCGGCGGGCCGCCAGGGCGCACCAGCGCAGGCGGCUCCCGCGGCGCGGCGGACCGGGCAGGGGCGCGGGGACCUGAUCCGUACGCACCGCGGUCACGCGGCGCGUCGCCUUCUGGGCGGGCCACGGCGUGGGGCGAGCCAGGGGCAAGUGGAGGCGGCGCCGGCGGCUGGUCAAAGUUCCCGGGUGGUGGUGGCGGCGGCGUGGGCGGCAGCGGUCAGCGCAUCUCCAGCAACUCGCCACGGUCCAUGUCGCCAGCCCGGGCGCUGGCGGAGGUGAAGCAGAAGCUCAGCACCUUCGUGGCGGGGCGAGGCGGCAGCCUUCAAGGAGAUGACGCCAGCAGCGCGCAUGGCGAGCACAUGAGUCAGUCCUCCAAAUCGCAAGUGUUUGAAGAUGCCACCGCAGAGAUUGCGGACAUUGACUCGCGCUUGCAUGCGCUGCAGAACUUCCUGCGCAUGGCUAAGACCUCGUCCACUAGCACCAGCACGACACAGGCGUGAUGCAUGCAUGUAGCGGGAGUGGGUGAUACAACCGUUAGGACACGGCACGUGUGUGUGAAGCGCCCCCUGGUUUAGUUUGGUGCUGACGUGCAGCAGCCGUAUGCUGGGUGUGGUAGGGUCAGGUGUGAUGGCCACCUCGGGCAAGUUGCUGUACGUAGAGUGAGCUAGCGAGUGACCCGAUGACAUCGCACUGAGCUUCCUGACGCAGCUAGGCCCUUGUAGACACGUCGUACGGUAGUAACGCCAGUCAUUGACCGGGAGACGUGCUGACUAACCGGCAAAACGCAGUGCUCUCAGCCUCAUCGUAGAUAUCAACAGCUUGCGGAGGAGCAAUGCAUCAUGUAUGUGCGUGCAGUCUACAUGGUGCUCAAGUUGCCGUGAAACUCAAGCAAGUCUGGCACCGUGCAUCUGUGCUUCAUCCUCGCCAUCGCACAAUAAUAAAGCUGUAACGGUGCCAUAAG